AGUGCUUCGUAUGAAAACACGGAUAUCCAAUGGAUAUCUCAGCAUUCUGUAGUUAAAUUGUGUUAAUUUAAAGAUAUUACUGCAUUCUUUAUCACAUUUAUGGCUCUAAUUUUAGCGUCUGAUUAACAAUGUUGGUUUUUCGAGCAAUUUUUCUGAAUUUGAGUCAGUGAGCGUUGAGCGAUGGUUCGCGAGUGACAACGUAGCAAUUGGAAACAAACGAAUUUCAUUUGAGGUUAAUUUCCUGUUGUCAGCAAAAUAGAGGCUUUAUUUUUAUUAAAUUAUGAUGAUGACGACUUAUGCACGUUUUUAAACAGUGUCGUAGCGUUUUUUAUGAGGAAGCUUGAUGUUUUAUCCUCUGAUAGUGAUAAGAGACAAAAAGACCUAAUUCUUGUCUCCCUUCUUUCCUCCAGCAUCAGUGACAUAUCGUCCCUAAAUCUUUGAUCUUAUAUCAGUGCUUGUGUGUUUUGCCAAAUUUCUGCGAAUGGUGGUUCCAGGUAAUGUAUGAAACAUUGCCUUUAUAAUAAUAAAAUAAAUAGUGACUGCUACAUCACGAAAAGUGCAGAUCCACUAUCAUGGCUGAUUCUGAUAGUGACCAGUUUGAAAGUGCAGAUGAAGAACUCUCCGAUAAUGAAGAGCCUAAGACACCUCUUACUCUGAGUAGUGCAGCGUAUUCAAACAAGGCGACAUCAGAUGUCGCUCCUGAAAUUGUUCAGCCUCAAAGCAAGAAGAUAAAUAUCAACGCUGGUCUUCAAAAAUUGAGUCUGCAUGAAAGCGCAACAAACGCAGAAGAAACUCUUGCUAGAAAGCUUAACCAAAAGAAUGAGAAAAUACCCUCUGCCUCAUCUGUGCCAGCAACGAAGGUUUCAGGCACGCGUGAAGAGGCUGUUGUAAAGCCAAUUUCGAAUAUAGCUGCUGACAACUUUGAAGAUGAGGCACCAGACAGUCAUGCUAAGAAAGUUGCUUCAUCAGCUCCUGAAGUAACCACCUCAAAAACUUCUACCACAGAGCCAAUUCCUCAGAAUGAGAAGAUCUCAAAACUUGAAUCAGAUAAUUCUUCCUAUUUAGAGCAACAGGAGGUAGAUGUGCUUCAUUGUCCAGAAGACAAUGAAAAUUUUGAAGAUGAGGGUUGGGACGUAGAGCCCCUGUCAGACAACGAUUUAAGUUCUGAAACUCCAAAGUGCGUUCUCCAAACUAAAAUAGCCACUACUGUCGUCAACUCUGAUGUGGUAAAAGUCAAACAAUCAGAAGAACAGGUACAUAAUGUCAGAAAAGGUUCAGAGUCCACAAGCAGUGGAAAUUCUGAUCAACUUCCUUCUCAGACAUCUUUGAAGAGUUCUUCCCUGAAAAAUUCUGAGCUCUCUCUCCCAAAUAACAAUAGAAAUGUACCUGAAAGCUCACAGAAUGAUGGAUGGGAUGAUGAUUUUGAAAUUGAAGAUGAUUUGAUUGAAGCCAAGUUAUCAUCAGGAGAAACUGUAGCCCCAUCGGACGCAGGAAUUAAGGCAAACCUUGAAGACGAUGAAGGGUGGAAUGAUGGAUGGGACACAGAAGAGGUGACUUUUUCCCCUGAACGAUCAGAAACUGAAAAAUCUAAAGAAGGUCUGGAGCCUUCAAAGACAUCACAACCUACAAAAGAUAGCAUCUUAGUCGAUGAAGCAGAAAGUAAAAAUGUUUCUGGGCGUUCCACUCUUCCCAUGACAACCUCAAAAGCGGCUGUACCAGAGAAAUAUGCAGCCAAUCAACAACAAGGAAACCAAGAUGGAUGGUUCGGUUGGGGAGUAACCAACAUACUCUCCUCUGCUACCGAGGGCCUAUCGUCAAUCACAAGCAAUGUUACCUCCGCAUUUGAGUCAACUAUCGGUGCACCAGAUCCAUCAGAGAUCCUCCUAGCUCAGAAAGAGCUCGGUGAUUCAAAUGCUCCAGAAAAAUGUACCAGUAAAGAACCAACAGAAAUACCGAAAGAAGAGGAUAGUGCCAGCUUUGGUGGUAAUUUGUUUUCUGUCAGCAGUUGGACAAAGUUUGUGGAGUCAACAAGCAAUAAAGUUCUCACCACUGGUUUGGACACUCUUGAGACAAUAGGAAAGAAGACGAUGGAAGUCCUACAAGAAGGAGACCCGGGGCUGAAAAAAAAACGAGCUAAGCUUCGAGAGUUUGUUGCUGAACCUGGAAAGCCAGUUUUAUCUCAGGUGUUACGAGAGGCAAAAGAAAAAGCAGAGACAUCAAGUCGGAAGAAUGAAUCAGCACUAAUUGAAAGCAAAGCUAAUUUUGAAAUCUUAUUCGAUGACUUUGAAGGGCUUGUUCAUUUGGAAGCUUUGGAAAUGAUAUCCAAACAGUGUCAAAUAAAAUUAGAUUCUCUUGCACUGACAUUCUCUGGCAAAGAAGCUACAAAUUUCAAAGAAACACUUCUGGAGAUUGAAGAAUUUUGUGAGUUACCUGAAGAUGACGAAAGUAUCUCAAAGGAGGCGAUGGCUGAUAAUGCUCAAUUUAAACUCAAAAUUAAAGAAAUUCUAACUCAACUAGAUGUGGAAAUUCAAUACAGCAAGUUGCUAGAGGCCAGUGAUUCUGUAGAAAAUCGAUUAAACAAAGACUUCACAAACCCCUUGGAGCUGCACCAAAUUAUUAUAUCUUCCUUAGCCGAAAUCUGUGCUGCAGCUAUGCUGAUUUUCCACCGAGCAGCAGAAAUGUUGGUUAUCAAGCAAAAACACAGCACUGUCUCUGAGACAGAGUCAUUCAUGAGUUUUGGAAAAUGCAUUUGUUCCAAACUUGAGAUCACAGCUGAACAAUUUUCGCUGAAGCUACGUCAAAUUGACCCCUCUGACACAGCAAAAACAUCUCACAUAUCAAAAGAGACUUCCAAUAGUGUCACCUACACCAAAACGGCAUGCCAGUUACUAGUUCCUAUACUUCAAUAUGGAGCUGUUGUCUAGUCAAGGAUUUCCUGAACGCUUGCUGCCAGUCAUUUAAGUAGCUGUGAUCUUGCUCUUCUGGAGUAUCGCAGGACUAUUACAUGUAAAAAAGUUGCCUUUACAUCGCCGUAUGGCGAAUUACUAAGUGAUUCUGUAAUUUUGCAGCAAUAAUGUAUGUGCUAGAUCAUACACUUUCAGUUUAUCAUCAGA